UCCGCCAUUUUGUACGUAGCUAGCGGCAAUUGAGGGUUCGCUUUCCCGGUUAUGUGUUGAUUGCGUGAAAAAACUGAAAACUUCUUCCGAUUCACUUUGCAAACUGACUUUUUGCUGAAUUGACAUUAUUUAGUGUAAUAUAUUUGCAGCUGUACCUAGUGCUUUCGUGAAUAGUGAGUGUCGAGUAAUUGGAGCGCGUGGCUGGUUGUUACUCUUUGUUGUUGGAUUCUGCGUAUAUACGAUUGUGAACGGCGCGACCGCCCGCGGACCGUAAUUGUGUCGCGUUGUGAUCGUGUACCUCGACGGCAGCCGUGUGUCAGUGUGUGCCAAGUGCAGUGUAAACUAGUGUAGUGACGGUGGGUGUGCGUCUGUGUGCGUGCGCGUGUGCGUGUGCGUGUGCGCGCGCGUCCCGAGCGGCGCCGGCGCCGGACAAGUCGAUGCCGGUGCGCCGAUGGAUCGGUGAUCUCGGUUCGAUUACGUCACAACAACGUUGGUAAAAUGAACGCGUCGAGAUCGUUACGAGCGAUUUGCCAACAACAACCCUAAUGACAUUGAAAUUGUGACGCGCUGCGAAGCGGAUAUUAAAGCGGCUCUGCCGCUUUAAAUGGACAAACGCAAGAUGCUGCCAAAGAGAGCUCGCAUGGAUAGCAUUCGGGGACCCAUUGCAAAUGGACCCCUACAAUCGAGGCCGCUGGUGGCCCUGCUGGACGGGCGCGACUGCACCGUCGAGAUGCCGAUACUGAAGGACGUCGCGACGGUCGCGUUCUGCGACGCGCAGUCCACGUCCGAGAUACACGAGAAGGUGCUGAACGAGGCGGUCGGCGCGCUCAUGUGGCACACGAUCAUACUCACCAAGGAGGACCUCGAGAAGUUCAAGGCGCUGCGGAUCAUCGUGCGCAUCGGCUCCGGCGUCGACAACAUUGACGUCAAGGCGGCCGGCGAGCUGGGCAUAGCGGUGUGCAACGUGCCCGGCUACGGCGUGGAGGAGGUGGCCGACACGACCAUGUGCCUCAUCCUCAACCUGUACCGGCGGACGUACUGGCUCGCCAACAUGGUGCGGGACGGCAAGAAGUUCACAGGUCCGGAGCAGGUGCGCGAGGCGGCGGCCGGGUGCGCGCGCAUCCGCGGCGACACGCUCGGCAUCGUGGGGCUCGGCCGCAUCGGCUCCGCCGUCGCGCUGCGGGCGAAGGCGUUCGGCUUCAACGUGAUCUUCUACGACCCCUACCUGCCGGACGGCAUCGAGAAGUCGCUCGGCCUCACCAGGGUGUACACGCUGCAGGACCUUUUAUUCCAGAGUGAUUGCGUCUCAUUACACUGCAGCUUAAACGAGCACAAUCACCACUUAAUCAAUGAGUUCACUAUUAAACAAAUGCGUCCAGGCGCGUUCCUGGUGAACACGGCGCGCGGCGGGCUGGUGGACGACGAGGCGCUGGCGGCGGCGCUGAAGCAGGGCCGCAUCCGCGCCGCCGCGCUCGACGUGCACGAGAACGAGCCCUUCAACGUGUUCCAGGGCCCGCUGAAGGACGCGCUGAACCUGCUGUGCACGCCGCACGCGGCCUUCUACUCGGACGCGUCGGCGCAGGAGCUGCGCGAGAUGGCCGCCUCCGAGAUCCGCCGCGCCAUCGUCGGCCGCAUCCCCGACUGCCUGCGCAACUGCGUCAACAAGGACUACUUCCUGGCGGGCAGCGGGUCGGGCGGCGGCGGCGCGCUGGGCGGCGGCGCGGCGGCGCCCUACAGCGAGAGCAUGAACGGCGGCUACUACGGCGGCACGCAGGCGGCGCACUCCACCACCGCCGUGCACGAGCCGCCCGCCAUCGCGCCGCAGCCCGCGCCGCAGCCCUCGCAGCCGCAGCCGCCCAUCUCGCUGCCGCCAAUCAACACAUCGGACCCGGCUAACCACCAGAUGAAGCAGGAGAGCUCGGACGUGCACUAGGGCGCAGUACGUUGCAGUACCGCACCGGACACAGACGAACAUACAAACAAACAAUAGUUUUAUUCACCCCCAAUACCCCCCUAAAUGUAAGGCGACCGGCAUACGGACAGUGGUGUGUGAAUGAAUUGUGCGGCAUCGGAUAGGUGAUUUUAGUUAAGGGAUGUUUUGGGGCCCCGGUUCCGCUUGGGGCCCUGCUAUGAAGAAAUGCUCCACGACGCGCCAUCGGCUACGCAAUGUUGGCUCAUACCAGUGCGAUUUGAGACGCGAAAGACUAUGUUUUAAUCAGAUUUUAAAUUCGAUAUGAGCAGUGUUUGAAUCAUUUCUGCAUAACAGGGCCAAGAGGCCCGAUAUGUGUGUGGGGCUCCGGUUGAAGUGUUUAAGAAUGUUUGGUGUAUCCGUUUGAAAUUUAAUAGUCGGUGUUAGGGGCCCCGGCGGCUGGACUCACGACGGCGGACACUUGGGGCCCCGCGAAGACGGUCGGUGUUUGUCUGGGACCCCGUUUAGCGAUUGAUAAGAUUGUUGUGACAAAAUGUUUGUAAACCUGUUAUGUAAAUUCCGGGGGCGCGAUAUAUAGUAAUAUAAUUUUGGGUCUUAAGUUAAUCCAAGUCUACAAGUGCGGGGGCUCCAAUGGCCUUGAGAUUAUGUAAGCGAACGAAUCAUAAUUUCUCGGAGCUUCUAUCGCCGUCUAUGUAUCGAGGGUUGGGCUUCGCGGUCGAUUGGGCGGUUAUUGUAAAGGGCGUUACACACUGUUGGCUUUGUUUCGUCGCCACGGCAAUGUGCGCUGUAUUUAAGCUUCCAGUAAGUGCAAAUUGUAUUGACGUCGGUUGUCCGAUACCAUUUUUAUUCUUAAAUAUAAUCCGUUUGUUCAGUAAAUGCGGUAAACGCACGCUUAUAUAAUAACUACGAAUUGUGUCUGUUGUUGUGCGAUUCAAAUGAAUACAACGGUGUGUGACGUCGAUAAAGCUUUAGGGGCCCCGCCGUGAGCGAGCACGGCGGCCCGGGGCCCCAGAUCGAGCUGUUCAAUAGUGCUGCGUAUGAUUAGUUUUCUUUUGAAAAUAAACUCAUCGCUCUCGUGUGAUUUGUGUUACGCAUUGCGCUGUUCGUACAAGUUGUCUAUGUGUUGACUGGCUGAUAUUGCUUAAAGUUUCUUUGUAGACGUAAAUAAUAGAGUGGACAAGUCAUUAAAUGACGUUUCUCUAGCGAUUUUUUUUUUUAACAAUCAGACAUUACUGAAGAAUUGGAAUACCAAUGACAAUGUAUGAUGAAGUUAUUGUAAUGUAAAGUCAUCAAGGCAUAAAUUAUGAUUUCGACCCUAUCUAUAUACUUGAACUAAAUACAUAUUAUUGAUAUACAAAUAAAUAUUAAUCGAGAGUUGUCACAAAAAAAGGAAUAAAUAAAUAUUGACUACUCUAUAGAGGUUUUUGUUAAUUGGGGAGUUUAUACGAUACAUGUAUCAUCAUCAGACUUGCACCAACAGCGCGAUGCGAGAAAAGUAUAAAGCCGCUUCGAUAAGCAUUUGAUAGCAUUUGUAUAAGCCCGGUCCAAACGCAUUCAUAUAUUAUUUUUAAGACAAACGACUGUAGGAAUAUCAUCACACUUUAUUAACGGAAAACUUAAAGAAGGAUGCUCUUGUGUUUUUUUUUUUUUUUUAUUUGAAAUGUACAAAAAUAUGCUUUUCAUUUUUGAUUCUUUAUUUUUUUCUUUUCUAAAUAGCGUUAAGUAAUUUGUACAUGAGCGAACACCAUUCGAUUGUAAGUUAGGCGCAAUAGCGGGCCAAAUCUCUGGUGGAUCCGAUCGAGACAUUGGUAUUUAAAAUUAGUAUUUACUUACAGUUUAGUUUAAUGACAAAAACAAUGUGUAUAUUUUAUGAGAAAGUGAAAAGUUCUUAAAUAAAACUAUUGUUUUCGGAUUAAUUA